GGCGUGUGCAAUUCUUUUAUUCAGCUACCUACCUUGUACCUAUCCAGCUAUCUAGGGACAUACUGUAUCCGUCGCGCCCAUACAUUAGGUACUUAGCGGCCGAGUAGCUUCGUCGCAAACGGAUGGAAUCUCGAAUCCCCCCACCUUGCGCCUGUACAAACGAGCCUGUGAAGGUACCUAGGUACGUGUGAGUGCCCGCAUGUCCCAUCCAGGUACAAGCCUCCCAUGUACCCCAACCAGUCGGAGAAUGAGUCUGGUGGGUACAGCUCGGGUAAAGGCCGAGGCAUCUUAAUUAGCUGGGCUUGGAAGUACCUCCCGCUAUCUCUUAGUAUUUCCAAGCACCCUCACCUCCCGAUCUGGAACCAAUACACUUAAAUUUGACUCGUAACUCGUAAUUGACUCACUCACUCACUCACGUACCUCAGAUAGCUCGGCCAUCCUGCUCGGCUUGGCCGGGUCCGUGGCAGGACGGCGAGCGUGGGCGUGGGUGUGGCCAUCGAGAUCCCUUACGUAGACGUGGAGGGUUUAGCUGCCCAGACAGGUGGCUGCAGAGGGCGUUCGACCUCCCGUGCGAUCGAUGGACCGAUGCGUACGUCGAUAGUGGUGUCUUGUGCUCCCGCCAGUGCCGGACAUUAUGGCGGGCAGCCGCGGGCAGGCAACGGCGGAGGUGGGAAGGUGGGAAGGUGGGAGCUGGGAACAGCACCAGGAGCUACCAACGCUAGACUGCCCCACCGUGGGACGCAAGUCGCUCGCAGGGUUUGAUGAGACAGAAGCGGAUGGGAGAGACACAACACACACACACUCACUCACGCACUCACAGCGCUCGCUCGCUCGCCCACCCUGUGCCCACGCUGAAUUGCCCAGAGAGAGGCGGAGACGGAGAGGACGAGGGCGUGGAGAGCGACAGAGCCGAACUAUCCUAACGUAUUAUCUCCCCCGGCCUAGAACUAGAACAUUACCCAGUCGGGCACACCACGUCGUCAUCGUCUACUUCCUCUUUCUCCUGCCUUCUCUCUCUCUCUCUUUCAUUUCCUUCAAUUUUUCCCCCCCUUCUCUCCCUCUCCCUUCCUCUCUCUUCACCCGCCGCCGACCUACUCUUUGGGGGCCAUUUCUCGGCCCAGAGCUCGCAAGCAUUCGUUUAUCCUUACCCUCCCUCCUUCUGGCGCCUUUAGAUUGUCUCGCAAAUUUACCGCCUUCUUCGGCGUCCUUGGUUGCCAUGCCAAAUUCGAUCGACGCCGAUAAGCGUCGCUCGCUGGAGCCGCUGCAAGGCUGUUCCGUCGCCGUUCCCGAGCCUACCGAUGGCCCUGCAGAGCUUGCAGAGCGUGCGCCCGCGGUACGCUUCGCGUCGACCAUCGACGAGAUCGAUCCUCCUAGUGCAUCCCUGGCCCUUCCGGAAACCCGGCAAGAGGCCUUGCCUGCCACUCCUGACCUGAUACGCGCCCUGUCCCGCUCGCUCCACGGCACCGUGCUCCAGGAGGAGCGAUUGAAGAAUUAUUCCUUUGCCCCGGUCUCCCUACCACCCUCCAGGGUUGUGUCGAAUGAGACCACGCCUAGUGCCACUCCCCAGCACAGCCAUAGCCCUAUGGGCCAUCCAUCGCCGCGGUUGAGCCCCAAAGCCCCUGAGCUGGCAUCGCCACCCUUGACCCCGGCCGGAACUUCCGCCGCCGCAGACUACCGAAAUGCGAAACCAGGCCCAGGCCCCGGGCCUGACCGCGGCUUCGACUCUCGGGCGAUAACUCCGCAGGCCUCUGGCCAGGAUUCCCGACCUGACUCGCCCCGGAUCGGUUUAACGCAUCGGCCGGCCUCUAGUGAUAACAUUUCGCAACGCUCGACCGCGGUAGAUGAGAAUGACGGCGGGUCCCGAUCUACUCAUCGAAGAGGCAUGUUUAGCAUCGGGCCGGGUGACGGUUCGUCUGUGCCUGUCUCGAGAGAAACAAGCCCGGCGAGGUAUACCGCCUCUCAUUUUUACUCGCGGCCCUUCACUCCCCACGGGGAUGCCAAUGACCCGUAUGCCGCCAGUAGGCGACCGCCGCAGAAGUUGAGUGGUAGCAUAGACCAGAGAUUCGUGUUUGCCAAGAAGAAGAAGCGAGGCUCCCCUUCGGCUUCCUCCACGAAUCUCUCGAAGAUCGACAAGCAGGAGAAGAGGCACUCUACUUUCUUCACGAACCGGAAUAAAUCAGGCGAUCUCCAUCCUGCGAGGAGCAAUUCGACGGCACCGAGUACCCACGGGUCCAUGUCCGACCUGAAGCGGUUUUUCAAGGUCGGGGUCAACCACAAGCCCAAAAAAUCGACGUCGCCUUCGCCUCUAGGUUCGAGAGCGACCCCGCGGGUCCCGUUCGCCGAUGAUCACGGCCUCUCGGCAAAGUAUGGGAAGCUCGGCCGAGUUCUCGGGGCCGGCGCCGGAGGCUCCGUUAAACUGAUGAGGAGGACCGACGAUAACACAGUUUUUGCAGUGAAGGAGUUUCGUCCUCGGCACUCUUACGAAACCGAAAAGGAGUAUGUCAAGAAGCUGACAGCCGAGUUCUGCAUUGGGUCCGCGUUGCACCACGGUAACAUUAUCGAGACGCUCGACAUCGUUCAAGAGAAGGGGAAAUGGUACGAGGUCAUGGAGUACGCUCCCUUCGACCUGUUUGCCAUAGUGAUGACGGGGAGAAUGUCGAAGCCCGAAAUAUUUUGCUGUUUCCUACAAAUUCUCAGCGGAGUGACCUAUCUCCACAGCUCCGGCCUGGCUCAUCGGGACCUGAAAUUGGACAACGUCGUUGUUAGCCAACAUGGGAUUAUGAAGAUCAUCGACUUCGGUAGCGCGCACGUUUUUAGGUACCCUUUUGAGAGCGAGAUCGUGCUCGCAGCGGGCGUCGUCGGCUCCGAUCCGUACCUGGCCCCGGAGGUUUACGACGAGCGCAAAUACGACCCGCAGGCCGUGGACAUUUGGUCGCUCGCGAUCAUAUUCUGCUGCAUGAUACUCAGACGAUUUCCGUGGAAAGUCCCCCGCAUGACGGAUAACUCGUACAAGUUCUUCGCGGCGGAGCCGAGCCCCGGUCACGAUCCCAAGAAGUUGAUCAUUCCCUCGCGGUCUACCAAUGAUUUGUCGACUAUCCCGCAACGGGAUAUAUUCUCAGAGGAGGAGAUGGAGAAGCAGAAACCCAGGAUCGUUGAACCCUCGACGCCUAAACCGGCAGCGGCCAGCGGCCAGGAAAAUAAGGAGGCCAAGGAGCUCAUCAGAGGACCGUGGCGUCUGCUGCGGCUGCUUCCCAGGGAGAGCAGGCAUAUCAUUGGGAGAAUGCUGACGAUAGAUCCGAAGCAGCGGGCUCAGAUGUCUGAGAUCCUCGAGGAGCCUUGGGUGUCAGACACGGUGGUGUGUAGGCAGGUAGAACACGGGAAGGUCAUCCACGCACAGGAUCACGUUCAUGUUCUCGAGCCGCCAGCACCGCCUAGCAAAUAGGAAGGAGCUACGGGGAUGGACGUGUGUGUGGUGUGAGUAAGUGAGUGAGUGGGUGAGUGGCUGGUGUGUGAUACAGGAUGUGUUCUGGACUACAGGGUGUAAGGGACAGUAUUCUACGGCGUCUAGGUUAGGAGUUAGAUAUAGUCUCGACCGCUGUGGUGGGGGAAGCGGACGCGGCGAAAACCAUAGAGGUUCACAACGGUGUAGGCUAGAGCUGUCAGUGUGACUAUGCGGCACCGAGCUACAAGCAAAGCAUGUUUAUUGCAGGAUAGUAGAGGCAGAAAAGCGCGAGCUGUUAACGCCAUAUAUCUUGCAUCUACGUAGGGAUGGGGAUCAGAGUAUUCAUUCAAUUGCGGGUUGGCAGGCAGUAACGUGU